AAUAUUACAGGUGACUAUAUGCCACUUUUUAGCUAUGGAAGGCGCAGCGAUGCGAGAAGCAGCCCUCCUCCCUCCGGCGCUGGAGAUGCCAAUUCGUCGUCUUCCAAGCGGCGCAUUGAAAGCGGGAAGAAGAGCAGCAGCAAACAGACCAAAGAAGAUCAACGUUUAGCCCGACGAUAUUUUCAGAUACAGGACCGAUCUCUUACCGCCCUUCGUAUCCUCUUUGUGGUCGGCAUACCGCUGACUAUCAUCAAUAUAUCAUUCGCUUGUGUGUACGCCUGGAUUUUUGCGAAUCAGUACAGCUACACAAAGGAUGACUGGCAACGGUGUUUGGUCUAUCCAAAUCAGGCUGUCGAUCCCCUUGGAGGCUCAACAGCAGAUAAAACGAACUACCUUAUGGCCGCAGCCUCGUAUGCCGGUCGCGUCUUUGUCUUCAUAAUCGUCGUCUUCAAGAUGGCUUACGUCGGAGUAAAGGACACGGAUAUCCUUCCCUACUCCCUCUUUGCAAAUAUGAUGGCAAUUCUCGGCAUUAUCGUCUACAGAGAAGCGGAGCCUAUUCAGCCGCAACCCCAGCAACUCUCUGCUACUCUCUUGACACUGGUCAAGUACAUACAACCGAACAUGUACUCUUUCCCCGCCGCGGCGAAAUGGGCCCCGGCCUCUUGCAGCCUGGCUUACGCCCUGAACAAGUGGUUCCUGAUCUUUCAAAUACUGGUCGUCGUCCUCAUGGGCGACCUAGAAAAAUUUAAACUCGGCGCCUUCAUUUCCUACAUUCACGUGGUCCUCUCCUACCCGUCCGUGCUAGCAACCAUCCAUGCCUACAACAGCGUCACCUAUCCUUACAACAAGGAUAAAUCGCUAGCACAAGCCUUUUCCAUUUGGUCGUUGGAUCCUGCCUACGGUUGUCCUGCCUACGUAACAGCCAAAUCAGCUAUUUUCGAGCGCUUCCCCAAGGUAAGUUUACAAGUGAACGUUUCUGUCAACGCGCCUAUUGAGGGCUACAAACGGAACUCCUCUCGUGUUGCCGUUUCGCAUGAGAAGAAAAAAGGGCGCACCGAAGUGCCCUAUGGUGUCCACUAUAUCCGUCUUCCGGGGGAGCCUGAGGAGGAAGACACGAUACUGGGAGACAGAGGUGCGGAGGAGGGAAAGAUUAAAGAUGAAAAUGAUAACGUGGUUAUUGGGGUGUAAGGCUUUGAAGGUCCUGUCCGGAAUAAGUAGGUUACAAAAAUUAUGAACAAAUUACUCGAAAAGAA